UUCAAAUUAAAAAUUACUGAGCUAUAAGUUCUAACAUUUUAAAAGAACUGUUCGCUCCGUGUGCAAGGUUUAAUUAGAAACCAUAAGUGAAAAAAACUACCACGUAAAAUAAGAAAUUUACACAACAAAAAAUGGACAGAACUGAGCAUAAUAUAAUUAAAGAUAGCAAUGAUUCUGAAGAUAUUCCUGAAUGGAUAAAUAAAGAUUAUCUUGAAAAUUGUUUAAAAAAUUCAUUUAAAGAUGAAUCAAUAAAAAUUCUAAAUUUUUAUACAAAAUUAGCAUCAAAAAAAGGUGAAAACUAUGUAAGCUUAAUAACACGUGUACUCAUUGAAUAUGAAAAUAAAAAUUUAAAAUAUAAUAUUGGAAAAUAUAUAAUAAAAUCAUCAAUUGAAGAUGAUCCAAUAACAAAAAAAGUAAUUAAAGAAUAUCAAGCUUUUGAAGAUGAAAUGCUAAUGUAUGGUGAAGCAUUACCAAAAAUUCAAGAAUUAAUGAAUACUCAAAAUAAUCUUCAAGAAAUUUCUGUUUUCCCAAAACCAAUUUAUUGUGAUUUCAAAAAUAAUGCUAUAAUUUUAGAAGAUCUUUUACAACGAGGUUACAAAGGUGCAGAUCGUCUAAAAGGUCUAGAUGAACAACAUGCUAAAUUAGCUUUAAAAAAAUUAGCUAUAUUUCAUGCCUGUUCUAUUGUACUUGAUCAACAAAAUCCAGGAUGUUUUAAGAAAUUUGAUCAUGGUAUUUACAAUCGACAUUCAGAAGGUCUUAAUAAAUUUUAUUAUACUUUAAUGCAAAAGGUCUCAUAUGUAAUACAUAAUUUCGGUGAUGAAUUCAUAAAUUAUUCAAAAAAAUUAUUGAAUUUAAUUCCAUAUUGGAUAGAAAAAGAACGUCAAUGCUAUGAUCCAAAACCAAAUCAAUUGAAUGUAUUGGCGCAUGGUGAUUUUUGGUCUACCAAUAUUAUGUUUAAAUAUGAUGAACCUGGGCAACCGUUAGAUGCAAUUUUAAUUGAUUUUCAAUUUAGUGUUUGGACUUCACCAGCAAUUGACUUACAUCAUUUUUUUAAUACAUCUUUAGCUGGUUUACCAAAUGCUGAUAAAAUGGAAAAUUAUGUUAAAUAUUAUCAUGAUGAAUUAUUAGAAGCGCUUAAGUUAUUAAACUUUAAAGAAUUCUCUAAAAUUCCUAAUUAUGAAAAAUUUCUAAAUGAAUUUUGGAUAUCAAAUGGAUUUCAUGCAAUUCAAAUAACAUUUCUCAAUAAAUCAACUUGCCUUCUUGGACAUUGCAGUGCUGCAUGCCCUGAAGCUUUAUUCGGUAAAGGAGAAAAAGUGGAACGUUUUCAAUGGGCAAUAGCAAAUAAUAAACUUGUACACGAACAUUGGAGAAUUUUAUUGCCAUUUUUCGAAAAGAAAGGUUUACUCAACAUAUGAUCAUAAAAAUUCAAAACUUCAAUUGUUUGGUCCAAAGUAAUAUUCAAAAAUAAAUGUAAAAAAAUUCUAAUCAAUAAAAUUUGUUAACAAAUUGUA